AUGUUCACUUGGUCUCUGAUGGCCAUGGAGCGGUUGACUGAAGCCACUGAUUCAUCCGAGCCCAUGAACCUGACCCGCCAAUCAUCUGGAAUGACUGCGGUGAACUGGACCAUCGCUUUCCUUGGACCAUCCAAAAAAUCGUUGUCAGAUGCAGUAUCAAACCAACUCGCGAAGUUGCCUUCGAUGCAGCUUGACUGGGAUGGUGCAGAUGCACCAUGGGCACAUUACAACAAGACGAAACUCGCAGUCAUUGUCGAUUCACGACCGCUGACAACUCUCGCGCCUCUUGUCCUGCAGAUGAUGGUUACUGUCCCACACGACUGGCCCUUCUUGUUCCUUGGAUCAACACAAAGUAUCGCCGUGCUCAACAGCAGCCGAGCUGUUCAAGAGAAAGAAGCAUCAGGCAGACUUCGGUUUCAGACGAUCGAAUCUGACUAUCACUCUGUAGAGGGUAGCCAUCGCUUGCUCGCAAACCCCAAAUUUUAUGAUGAGAUGCUUCCCAAGAGCGUGGAGCACCUUUUCGUCUUCACCGAGUCAGACUCCCAAGCUUACAAAGGCAGUGGCGGCUUUUCACUCCGUCGCGUUUCUACUGUUCGUCGCGUCCUCGCUUUCCAACAACGAGACAACGAUACAAUUGCAGAAGAUGAGUUCCUGAGCUAUCGCAUGGCUACCAUCCCGAAUGCAGUCAUGCCAAACGGAACACAAGCAUCGGAGUUUGUCACCGACCAUAUCUACCAUAAGAACUCCUUUGGCAUCCAUGUUGGGGACAUGUCAAAGAGCAUGGUGGAAGUCUGGGACAACCAUGAUAGACGCAUGGAGAUAUACCGGUAUUGUCCAGAGGUGAAGAUGGCCAUGACACCGAUGAAGUUGACCAGAGAGAAGUGCGACGAACCUAAAGCAGAGGACUCGCACUAA